CUGAUUCAAAUAGGAGAAGAUUUGGCCCAAUUUGGUGGUUGAAUCUCCAAUUCUGAAUUGAAUCAGGACCAAUAAAAAGGUCUGAAUUGAUUUUAAGCUCUCUGAAUCUUCAGAAAAGAUUAGGAGACUGAUUAUUCAGGCAGUCCCCGCCCACUGCAGCAGGGAACUGGAGCCAGACUCGGAGCUGAUACCUAUUCCUGUGGACCCAGUCCAAAUGACAGGUCAGAAUGCUCCAGCUCAUUGGACAAAUCUUGAUUACACGAUAUGAACAAUUCACAGAAGGUCAACAAAUUCCUCUGAGUGCACUAGAAUGACAAAGCUGAAUUUCACAGAAAGCCAUUGAGCAGACACACUGGACUGAGUGAUGUAAGAAGAACAACAUAAAGAAACACUGUCAACAACCACAAAAGUGACUAAUACCAUACAUUAUGCAGCACUAGCAACUGUGACUUGGGGGAAUUUUACCAUAAUCCCAAAGUGUCAAUAAGAUUCAUAAAUUGAAGCAGCUAUGGCGCACUUUUGGAAACCGCCUUUGACACAAGAGGAGUUAAAUGAAAAGCAAUAUGAGGGGCAAACAUCUUACUCCAUGUAUCAUUUUGUUCCUGCUAGCCAGGUCAGCCUAGGCCUGGAUCAUAUAGCUGGUGAAGUCAGCAGUGAAAUGUCCUUUUAUGGUCCAUCAGAUUCACAUGUUCCUGAAGAAACUGUUUUUUUCAUAUCAAACAUAAAUGCAACAGAACAGCAUUUUUAUGGAGUAAAUCAACCUCGGGUUCAUGGUGAAUUUUACUUUGGAAGUCCUGUAUCUCCUUGGCAACAAACCACAGGGCCACCAGCAGUUGGUUUCAGACCUUCUUUGUUACCAGGCUGUUAUAACUUCAGUGUUGAAGAUUCCUACCCAACAUAUCCCCUCGAAACAUACUACAACUAUGAUGCAUAUAGAAGAAAUAGCUCAAGUCAAAUUGAAGGUGAAUUUGGCUCAGUUGUGGAAGAAAAUGAGAAAAAGUUGAAUUUCCAUAUAGGCUUUGAACAUACAGAUGCUCAGUAUUUGAUGUUCUCAGGUGAUGUGUUACACAGAGAAAUAUCAAGUGAUAGUCCAAAUGGACAAGGAAUGAACAAUAGAAGUGGGGAUGCCAGGACUCCUUUCCCUGUAAGCUAUGGAGAAACUUACUUAACAGACUCUUCCACAAGAUUUACCUUGGACCCUCUCUGGCCUAGAACCUCUGAAAACUCUAUAAACAGCAAAGAGCUUGCAGGUUGGUCAAUCCAGCUGGUUGAAGUGGAUCAAGGGAGUAAUGAAAGCACAGCCUCCUUUUGCAGUGCAGUGAAGAAAAUACGAGAUUCAUGUCCUGCUUUUGACUCGAAGAAAAACACUAGGAAGAUCUGGAGUGUUGCAACAAUGGUCCCAAACCAGAUUCUUUGUAAAUCAAAGUUGAGAAUAAGCAUUUUGACAAACUGUUCCUCACAGCCACUGCAUCUUACACCAUAUGCUAGCUGCAUUGUCCGUGACUUAAUUGCAGAGAUCCUCUGUUGCACAGAUCAAUAUCCAGAGCAGGAAGAGUAUUUUCUCAUUGUGUGUGGGAUUGAUGAAGUUUUACAAAAUGAUCAGACUUUGGGUAGUCAUGACAGUCUCCGCAAGGCAGCCACUUCCAUUCAGCUUCAUCUACAGAAAGGCACCAGCUUCCAGCAAAGUUUGGCUCGAACGCAUGAAGAUGACCAAAGUCAGUUUAAUCUGAAUCAGCUGUUGGGAUAUCCAUGUAUUUGGAAACUAUCCAGGCAGAACCUUGUUGCAAUAACGAUGAAAUAUGAGCAUCAACUGGAGCAGCUAUUACAAAAUGAGCAUCAACAGCAUAAAGUGGAUAGCGUGAUUGAAGAAAUCAAGGCAAUCUGCAGCGCCCUCUCUUCUGUGGAAACCAGGGAUAUUACUGAUGCAGUUGAGAAACUCCAUUCAGUGCUUCUGGGGAAAGCACAGAUUUCUCUUCAAAAUUUAGAAACUCCAGUCAAAGUCUUAAUAGAGAACGUUGUGAGAGAGCUGUCUGCAGCCAUCUCCCACCUCAUCUAUGUUUACAGCAGAAGCUUCGAUACAAAUUUUCAGUCUGCAAUAAUCUCUAGCAGCCCUGUGUGUGCUGAUAUCAACCUGGAUUCACAGCUUGGCUUCAUUAUUUAUGCAGCCCAUAACAUCCCCGAAGCCUGGGUGAAAAGAAAAUACUCCUCCGAAUCAGGAGGAGCUGUUGGGUGCUCCCCCUGGUUCCAGCUCCCUCCUGGAGUCUCCACUGUCUCCCCUCUCCUACCGGCAGCAGAGCGCUGGCGGUUCGCGCGGCUGCAGCUGCGGAUGCGGCUCCUCCUCCCGCUGCUCUUCAGCCGCUACAGAGCUUUUUCUUUUUCCUGUUCAUUAACUUAUGGUGGGAAGACAAUAUAUCAAAUGAGGAACUGCAAAAAUACACGUAAAAAAUCAUUCUUUUUCUUGGCAAACUGGAAUGAAAAGGUUACCUUUCCUCUUCGAAUAAAGUCUCUUCCACGGGAAACUAUAUUGGCAAUAAAACUAUAUGGGGUAAACUAUGCAUCUCAAAAUACAGAAGUACUUGCUUGGACAUGUUGUCCCUUGUAUCCAAAGCAAAGGCUCAUUCAUGGAACUGUGUUGCUCAGCAUGGCAUUGUACAAUCACCUUCCAACAACAAUGCUCGCACCGGGUAUCUGUAACACGAGUUUGCCAGCACCAGUCACACUGCAGAUUGACUUUCCAGAAACUAAUUUGGACUUCAUUAAACCAGAGCCUGAGGAGGAAAGAAAUGACCUUGAAGAGCCAACUAAACAGUGCCUGAAGCAUAUCAGACAGUUUUCACAGAAGCAUUCUCUCUUGCUACUCUCAGAGCAAAAGAGAAGAUUCUUAUGGUUUUAUCGUUCCUAUUGCAAUAAUGAAAAUUGCUCCCUUCCUUUGGUCUUGGGCAGUGCACCCAGCUGGGAUCGAAAGGCCAUCUUGGAAAUGUAUGCAGUGUUAAAGAAUUGGAGAUUUUCUAACCCUUUGAAGGCACUCGGGCUUCUGACUUUCAGUUUUCCAGAUCAAGACAUUCGCAGAACUGCAGUCCAACAAAUAGAAAAUCUGUCAAAUGAUGAAUUGCUAGAAUACCUCCCACAGCUAGUUCAGGUAAUUAAGUUUGAAUGGAGUCUUGAAAGCCCUCUAGUGCAGUUCCUUCUAAAUCGCUGUCUUCAAAGCAUUCAAGUAACCCACCAACUUUACUGGCUGUUAAAGGAUGCACAGAAUGAAGCUCAUUUCAAAGGCUGGUAUCAGAAGCUGUUGGCUGCUCUCCAAUUCUGUGCUGGCAAAACCCUGAAUGAUGAGUUUUCUAAGGAGAGGAAACUUAUCAAAAUUCUGGGAGGCAUUGCUGAAAAAGUAAAGGCUGUCACCAAUCCAAGAAGACAGGAGGUGCUAAAGAUGGAAAUCAACAGACUUAAACAAUUCUUCCAGGAGGUAAAUGUUUGCCGGCUCCCCUUGAAUCCUGCACUGGUUGUACAAGGCAUAGAUUCAAAUACAAGUUCAUAUUUCACAUCCAGUGCUUUUCCAUUGAAAAUCUCCUUCAUCAAUGCAGAUACAGCAAGUAGAAAUAUCAAUGUGAUUUUUAAGAUGGGAGAUGAUCUACGUCAAGAUAUGCUAGUUCUGCAAAUUAUUUGAGUGAUGGACAGGAUUUGGUUUCAGGAGGGACUGGAUAUGCAAAUGAUCAUUUAUAGAUGUUUAUCUACAGGAAAAGGCCAAGGAUUGGUACAGAUGGUACCAGAUGCUACAACUCUAGCCAAAAUCCACAGGGAGUCCGGACUGAUAGGACCAUUAAAAGAAAACACCAUUAAAAAAUGGUUGAGUCACCAUCACCCUUUGGAAUCAAGUUACCAAGAGGCAGUAAGGAAUUUCUUCCAUUCCUGUGCUGGCUGGUGUGUUGUUACCUUCAUCCUGGGUGUCGGUGACCGACAUAAUGACAACAUCAUGCUGACAAACACUGGCCAUAUGUUCCAUAUUGAUUUUGGGAAAUUUUUAGGUCAUGCACAAAAAUUUGGAAGCAUUAAAAGGGACCGAGCUCCUUUCAUCUUUACUUCAGAGAUGGAGUAUUUCAUCACAAAAGGUGGGAAAAGCCCUCAGCGCUUCCAAGAAUUUGUGGAGCUUUGUUGUCGAGCUUAUAAUACAGUCAGGAAGCACAGUCAGUUGCUCUUGAACCUGUUGGAGAUGAUGCUGCAUGCAGGAUUGCCUGAACUGAACAGCAUCCAGGAUCUCAAGUAUGUGCAUGAUAACCUUCGUCCACAGGACUCAGACCUCCAAGCCACAAGCUACUUUACCAGAAAAAUAAAGGAAAGUUUGGAGUGCUUUCCUGUCAAACUCAAUAACCUGAUUCACACACUUGCACAAAUGUCACUGACAGGCUCUGCCAAGCCUUCAUCUUCUGACAUUGUUCCCCGAGAUGCUGAGGUGCUGAAUACAGAGAGUUCAAUUGCAAGAGCCACCAUUUUAGGGAUCAGCAAAAAGUCUGACUCUCUGUAUCUAGUCCAAGUUGUACAAACCUGCAACACUACAACCUUUGUGGAAAAGUCAUUUGACCAACUUUCAAAACUUCACGGCCACCUACAAAAGCAGUUUCCGUGGCAUUCUCUCCCAGAGUUCCCUCACUGGUGGCAUUUACCCUUUACAGAUCAAGGACAUAAAAGAAUGAAAGACCUGAAUCUCUAUCUUAAGCAGUUAUUGAGUGGACCCAGCAAAGUGGCUAACAAUGAAUACGUACUUAGCUUUUUCCUGGAUGGGUUGAAAAGUGACACAUUGGAAGAAUCCUCAUUUGUUAAUCUGGGUCCUAAAUCUCCUGAUCAGAAACCUGGAGUACAGUUAGUUAUUACCUAUGAGGGAACCUAUCUGACAAUAUUGUUGAAACACAUGAGGAGCAUUCAUCUCCCAGAUGGCUCUCCCCCAACUGCACAUGCUGAAUUUUAUCUUUUACCAGAUCCCAAUGAAGUCAGUAGGAGGAAAACAAAAGCAGUUCCAAAAAGCACUGACCCUACUUAUAAUGAAAUUGUUGUUUAUGAUGCUGUAACAGAACUCCAAGGACGUGUGCUAAAGCUUAUUGUGAAAAGCAAAGGAACAUUUGUGGGAGCUAUUAACAUUGAGCUGAACAGUGUCCAGUUAAAUGAAGAAAAGUGGUACCCAUUGGGGAACAGUAUAAUUUGAAUAUUGCCUUGGACAAUUACAUUAUUUAUUCAUUAAUAUUUCUUUGUCUGUUUCUUAUGACCAAUAUUGUUAUAUUACCUGACAUAUUUGCCUUUGAGAGUAUAAUGUACAGUAGGCCACUAACCACAUACAUUAAGUUACUAAUCCCAAGGAAAGUAUAAUCACUUUUUUAUGGCCCAUUGCCAUUCAGCUCUCUCCAUAUAUUUGCUAUCCUCUACUUGAAACAAGUUUCCAUUAGCAUGGGUAUAAGAAGGCAUAUGCCAGUAUCUUGCAGCAUUCAGUUGCAGUUACCUGGGGCAACUUUUUCUAUGGCAACAGGUAAGAUUUUUGUUCCUACUGAACACUGUUGGUCAUAUACUGCUAGAUGUGUUUUGUAUAAAAACUAAAAUCAAAGUGUGGCUGGAACCUGAUCCAAAGCCAAUUUAAGUCAAUGGUAGUCUCCCAUUGAGUUGGAUAGACUUAGGAUCAAGCCAACAUUAAACUUUUUGAUCCAGGUUCA